AUGCAGCGAAUAUUACGCGCUACCAAACUCUUCGUCCCAACCGCACGAAGUAUGACCAGCAAAGCCAGCAUCGACGCCGUCGUAGUUCCAGUCCUCUCAAACGGAGACAUAUCUCCACUUCCUCCUUCUCUCGCUGGCUCGGUCAGCGCUGCUGCCAUUUGGGCUUCGACAAAUGCAAAGGCGUCGAAGGCCCAGGAGACACGGGUGAUCCUCCAGGAGAAUGCACCAACACUCUCAUUGGUCGCACUGGGGAAAGACUCCAACAACGAAAACGCAAAACGCGAGGCAGCUCGACGGGCUGUGGCUACAGGACUCAAGGCUGCCCGGGAUGCGGGUGCUCGUAGUAUCGGCAUCGUAACAGACAAGAUCUCAGAGCAUGAUGCUGCGGUGUCGUCCAAUCUCGCCUUGUUCAACUUUUCCCUGCAGACAAAAGAAAAGGAUCCGCUGAUGGAACUCCCGGCCAACAUGCUCACCCCGACCGCUUUUUGUGAGCGCAUAGUCAAGGAAUUCCAAGGCCUGAACAAUGUUGAGAUUCACGUACGCGACAAGGCCUGGGCGGAAGAAAAGGGAAUGCGCGUAUUCCUAUCUGUUGCACAGGGAACAGCGCAACCCCCCAAGUUCCUCGAAAUGCAAGUAGCAGCGCCCCUGUUUGCCCAUUUCCUGACGGAUUACAGUCACUACAAAGGAGCCAAGGAUCCACAAGCGCGGCCACUCGGCCUUGUUGGCAAGGGGAUCACUUUUGACAGUGGAGGAAUCUCGCUGAAGCCCGGUGCCGGAAUGAAGCUGAUGAGGGGCGAUAUGGGCGGAGCUGCAACCACAGUCUCUGCUCUCCUCACCAUUGCGAAACUGGGCCUUCCUAUCAAUGUCGUGCUUGCCACGCCUUUGACCGAGAACAUGCCAGGAGGAAGGGCAACAAAGCCUGGUGAUGUAUUUACUGCGAUGAAUGGAAAGACUGUCGAAGUCGAUAAUACGGACGCUGAGGGUCGCUUGGUACUUGCAGAUGCACUCACAUACAUUUCGAGAGAGUACAAACCUCACACACUCAUUGAUGUGGCCACGCUAACAGGGCAAGUACCUCUCCUUUCGUGCGAAAUCUUUACGGGUGUAUUCAGUACAUCGGAUGCACUCUGGGACAAUCUACAUGCUGCGGGAGAGGCCGAGUUUGACCGCGUCUGGAGAAUGCCUCUUGAUGAAGAGUUUGGUCCCCAAAUAUAUAAUGGAAUGGCGGAUUUGAUCAACACAGGUGGAAGGCCUGGCGGAUCGUGCACUGCGGCUUUGUUCCUCAAGGCUUUCGUCGAUGGGAUCGAAGGCAAAGACGGCCAGGAACCUACAGUUGCUUGGGCACACAUGGAUAUUGCCGGGACGAUGGAGAGCACAAGAGUCACGCCUUAUCAAGGAAAGGGGAUGACUGGGCGCGGUGUUAGGGCUCUCGUGGAGUUUGCCCGUCGUCUUUCAGCUCGGGAUUUGAAUGAUCCUUAUGAGCAACUCUGA